GCUAAUACUGUUUUGUUGACAUUUGUUUGUGAAAGACAAAAACAGUGGACACCGACGGGAUAGUGUAUUUUUGGAAACCAGCUAACGGACCCCCGAACGGACAGAAGACAACAGUGUAGCGGUUGAAACGGAACUGUGUGAGUUUUGUGAGUUCUGGUCAAGAGUUGACCUCAGACAGAGAGAAGAAAAGAAGAUCCAGACCAGCAGAUGGACGAAACAAGUCGGGAACAAAACAAACCGUGUCACCCAGACUACACGAGAGGCUGAAUCAUUCACGGGCUAAACAACCAGCGGACUGUUGACUUUAGCUUGACACUCAUUUUACUUCAAAAGGACCUGGAUUAAUUGUAUAGUCUACGUGAGAACAGUGUGUUUAAUUCCUUAUGGCUGCUUAGUAUAUAAAAUGUUACCAAGGUAGUGUAGGGUUACACGAGCGUUGUCCGUUAGACUAGCAAGUUAGCAAGCUAAUGCUAACCGCUGCUAACAUUACACUUGCUCGAGCUGCGGAAUAAUUCGCUUCAUGAUGCGCUGAGGUUGUCAGAGUGUAUUCAUUUCAAGCAGUUUUUUACUGAAAGUAGACCGUCAUUUUGUGAGAAACUCCAAGAAUGUGAAGCAUAAUGGCCAACUUUGAAGCUUACCAAGAGUAUCAGAGAAUUGAGGACUUUGAGGAGGACUCACCGCCAGGGGAGGAGGAUUUACUGGUGCAUGUGCCCGAAGGCCUAAAAGGUACGCAAUUUAAUACCACUUCAAUAGUUUGUUUGAUACAGAACAUCUAACUACACAUAUAUGUCGUUUACCUGACAAAUAAGUUGUGUAGACUAAUGCUGCUGUGUCAGAGCUAUCUAAUGCUGUUGUCUAUGUUGCAGACUCAUGGCAUCAUAUCAAGAACCUGGAUAACUUCUUCACAAGAAUAUCCUUUCUUUAAGUUGCAUUACAGUUUGAUAGGUGGUUAUUGCAUUUUUCACUGGCAUGUAGUCACACUGACUCUUACAAUAAUAUGUUAAAUAUGUUCAAUUUCAUAAUCUCUACUUAAAGACAGACACAUACAUCUAAAAAGUAGCUGCACAUCAGGUUUAAAGACAUACCAUUAAUAUCUUUUGUUGUGCCAGAGAUUUCCUAACGUGACUGUCACAUUAUGUAGUUCUGCUAAUUUUGCCCUGUCACACUUUCCUUAAUUGCCCCGUGCACAUUUAUCAUUUCCAUCAGAAGAAUGGCUUUGCUUGUAUGAUGGUGACAGAGCUCUUUGAACUUGUGUAAGUAUCGGCCCUAUGUACUACAAUAAAUCAUCACAGUCACAUAUUUGUGCAAAAAAGAGUAAAUAUUCAAACAGGAUUCUUGUUUUCAGUAAGACACCUUCAUUUCAGUGGGAAAUGUACAUGUUGUUAUGACAGUGAAGUGUGCCUCAGGCCUUAGCAUGAACAUGUUCAGCCACAUUACAACUCUGCUUGAACCUAAUGUGAAAUAUUCUCUCCCUACUUAAAACAACCAAAAACCAACAUGUCAGUGAAUGAUAAUAAACACACCUGCUACACCUGCUUUGGCAGCUACCUCGCCAAUAUACCACCUUUAGUCUUAAGCGUUUUUUGUGGAUAUCUGUAUCUGACAACAUCCACCCAUCUGUUAUCUAGGUAGCUAUCAUGUUAGGGGUCACAGGGGGCUAGAGCCAAUCACAGUUCAUGCACACAGCCAUGCUUAUAAGCAAUUUAGAGUGGCCAAUUAAGUGACUGAACAUGUUGUAAGUCAGCAAGAGGAAGCAAGAGUAUAACCUGAACAUGUGUGGGGUACCCAGUCAGAACCCUCCCAUACACAUGGACGACAUUCAGACUUUACAGAAAAAGGCCCCUUACCAGUGAGGUAUUCAAACCAGGAACGUUCUUGCUGUGAAGGCUAACCACUGCACCACCAUGCAGCCCUGAACCUGGCUUUGGUUUACCUAUAGAUAUGCAGUAAGGCUGCAGACAGACAUAUUAAUGAAGGAGCUGGUAUUGAUCCGUCUGAACCACACCUUUAAACAUAAAUCACUCAGUGUGCUGAGUUCACCAUGGUUUAGUGAUUACAAAUUAAACUCAAUGCUGUAUAUUAGUAUUUAUCAGUUUUCUUUAUCUUAUUAUUAUGUAUGUUUCCUUGUCCUUUGCUAAACUCAUAGUGUGAUGCCAAAUCUCUCUUUUUCCUCUCCUCCUUUUAGUCAGUUUUUGUUUGUUGUCACAUUCACGACGUUCCUCGUCAACUGCGUGGAGUACGAUGUCCUGUUUGCCAAUCGAGCGGUCAACCACACGGGGCCAGGCCACAACCCCUUAGAUAGGAGCAAGGUCACACUUCCAGAUGCAAUCCUACCUGGCCAGCAGUGUACUCAGAGGUAAUCACUUGCGACACAGCACAACAAACAACACUGAAGCUUAUGAGUCAUACAUAAUGGAGAGCUUCAGUUUGUGAAAGUGUUUACUUUCUCAAGGAGGCAUUGUUGAAAAAGCCUUACACCUAUAUAAAGUGAUAGCCUUUUUUUUUUAUUCCAGCCAGACAGACUCUUUGUUCUCAUGCAGACGUGGUCUUUGAUAUCUCUAGAGUUUUUUUGGAGCCCGGCCUUCAGAGGGAUUUAAUGAGUCUUGCUUAAAACACUUUGAAUCCCACUUUCAAACUUGAUAUUCUGAUUGGGUCAUUGUAAGGGGAGGCUUGAAACUGCAAAACACAGUCAUACUCACAUGGAAGGGGUAUGGAAGAAAUGCGGUAUAGCUUUACUCUGUUCAGCAGAACUAGGUUAUUUAUCUAACACAGUUGUGAAAAUGCUGGCCUUUGUAAAAGUAGCAAAUUACAUACGAGUUCAUUUGUUAACUCAAAGUCGUGGUUUUAAGACAAGGCCCAUUUCUUCGUUUGUUUUUCUUUUGAAAAGGUAUUUUUAAGGUGAAACAAAAAUGAUACCCAGGUGAUAUACAGCAUAUUUGCAAUACUUGCUGCCUUAUCUCCUUUGGUUGUAACACAUUGAGAGCGGACUUUAAAAGUAAGCCUGUUUUGAAAUCAGUUUUAUGAAUCACCCGGCCCAAAUGACGUUCAAAGCCUUUAAGAGUUGAAGGACAAGUCAAGAGAUGUCUCUUUCUGAGAAAUGAUUCUCAUUCUAAGUAUUUGUUGUUUGUUUUCACCUGAGAUUGGAAGCCUUGAGUUGCAACAUUCCUCUAACUGAUGGUUACUCUUCGGAAGGUAUUUGUGUACUGUGCUCAGGCUGGCUGUAGGGAACAGCACAGUGUAAUUGAUAGCUCCUGUGAGGUAAAACUGGCCAGCUGAGAUACUGAUGACUGGGCUGCAACAGCAAGCUGACAACCACAUGACACCUUUCUCACUGGCUACAAGGGAUAGACCCCCUCCCUACCCAACUUCAUGUUGUCAUUUUCUUUUCAAGAUGCAUCUGAGCCUCUGCUUGUUUUCUCCAGCUAGUCUAAUAGGCCCAACAUGAAUUUGUUCCGGAUUUACACCGUGGCUCUGAGGUCGUUUGAAUAAAAGUCAAUGAUGCACAAUUGCUGAUUCUAAUUGGACAACAGCUUGUGCCACGGUUUGGAUCCCUGCUGUCCUCUUCAUACUCUUCCUCCAAUUCCACUUUUAGAGCCAGAUGCUUGUCCCAAAACUUUCUUAUAUUUUGGUUGUUGUCCAAGGAGACUCAAUGUGAAAUGAUAUUAAAAAAAAAGGGGGGAAAUAAUCUGAGAGCAUUGACGAUUGCUCUAAUCAUGGCUGUAUCUUUACAACUGACUAUACGCUAGUGUUUUUCUGUGUUCUGAAAUGUAAUACUCAGAUGAUUCCUUAAUUUUAGAAAGCUGUCUCACCCACAACCUGUGAAGAGGUUUUAGUUUCAUACGUUGCAACAUACUCUGGGUGCAACAGUUGCUGGUUUUCCCACCUGUUAAUCAUUAUUUAAGUUUAAUACUAAAUAAAGAUUUGAUCCGAAACUUCAAAAACAGGGAGGAGUUGUAAUGUGCCAAAAAAGGAUGAAAGUCUGAUCGCAUGUGGGAUAUUCUGUCAAGUUUCAAAGUCUUUUUGCUCUUGGCCUGUUUUUUCAAAUAACACGUUGGCCCACUGCUUUGAUUGACAUUCAUAUGGACAUUCAUCUAUAAGUGACAAGAAGCCAUUACGCUAUGAGAUACCUCUGCCAGCUAAAUGUAAAUGCUCCUUUGUUUUGAUGCAGGAUUGAAGAGAACAGCUGGAAUAUUUUCCUUCUCAUCAUGGCAGCCAUCUUCUGGAUUUAUCGACUUGUUAAAGUCAUUUGCAACGUUUUGAGCUACUGGGAAAUCAGGCAGUUCUACAUCAAAGCACUGAAGAUCAAAAUGGUGAGUGUGAACUCUAGAGAUUUUAAUAUGGCAUUCAGCUGAAGGUCAUUUAUAUCAAUGUAGUUCUCAGUAUGUUAUGUCUUUAUAGAUAAAGAAAACCACUCUUAAAAUGAUGAGUCAUUUGUCCCUGUUGUAUGAACCAGAUCAGUAAGUUCUCCUUGCCUCUUUGUCCCAGGAUGAACUAUGCAACUUCACAUGGCAGGAGGUUCAGGAUCGGCUCAUCAGUCUGCAACGAGAGCAGCAAAUGUGCAUCCACAAGAAAGAGCUGACGGAACUCGACAUUUAUCACCGCAUCCUGCGAUUCAAGAACUACAUGGUGGCCAUGAUAAACAAAUCACUGCUGCCAGUGCAGCUGCAGCUCCCCCUGCUGGGCAAUGUGGUGUUCCUCACCCAGGGCCUCAAGUACAACUUUGAGCUGAUCCUCUUCUGGGGUCCAGGCUCUCUCUUUCAGAACAAGUGGAACCUGCACCCGAAGUACAAGCGGAGUGGAAACCGCCUGGAGCUGGCACAGCAGCUCAGCAGAGUCAUCCUGCUGAUGGGUUUGGCUAACCUGCUGCUGUGUCCCUUCAUCCUUGUCUGGCAGGUGCUCUACGCUUUCUUCAGCUACACUGAAAUCAUCCGUAGAGAACCUGGGAGUCUGGGCGCACGGCGUUGGUCCCUAUUUGGCCGUUUAUACCUGCGUCACUUUAACGAGCUGGACCAUGAACUGCAUGGCCGAUUGGGCCGGGGCUACAAACCCACUUCUAAAUACAUGAACUCCUUCACAUCUCCGCUGCUGACCGUGCUCGCAAAGAAUAUCGCCUUCUUCUCAGGCUCUGUGUUGGCCGUGCUCAUUGCACUGACAGUCUAUGAUGAGGACGUUCUAACAGUGCAGCACAUUCUGACCGCUAUCACUGUGCUUGGGGUGGUCAUCACUAUCACCAGGUGAGUUUUGAUAUCACCAGCUGAGCCAUUUCUGUGGCUAUUUGGGAAAAGCUUUCAGUAGAAGACUCUCUUUGAAUCUCAAUUCUCUUUCUAUUGAAAAAGUCACUAAAAAUCUCUAAAAUGAAUGAUCAUUGAUGAUUUUUUUUUUCUUUCUGCUGUCUGGGUAAAUAGUUAAUUGUAAUUGCAGUUCUUUUUAGCUUUUUCCUUAAAUGCAGGUGACAGUAAAUCCAUAAGGAUAACAGAUUUUUCCAUAUACAAUCUCUGUGUUCCUUUUGUAAGGGAUCGAUACAGGAUAUACUUUACAAAACUUAGUUGUGUGCCCCAGUUUAUCUAAUAUAUGCAGACGGAGGCGCACUAAUUAUCAUAUUUUGUAACUUUCCAACACAAGAUCCUUCAUCCCGGAUGAGCAUAUGGUGUGGUGUCCAGAGCAGCUGCUGCAGUGCAUGCUGGCACACAUUCACUACAUGCCAGACCACUGGAGGGGCAAUGCUAACAAGAGCGAGACCCGGGACGAGGUGGCACAGCUGUUUCAGUACAAAGCGGUGAGAAAUGGAGAGAAUUUGUGGACAAGAACAUGUUUGUCAUGGAUAAGUUAUAAGUUAUGGAUAAGUUUUUGUCAUAACUGAUAAUACUUUCACUUUAUCAGUAAUACAAGCUUUUGGGUCUGGAUUAAUUAGUUUAAUUAGGGGAAUAUUGAUCUAGAUUUGUCUGUCUGCAGAAUUUCAAGACUGUUUUUGUAAUUUCCUUUGAAUCAGGUGUUCAUCCUGGAGGAGUUGCUCAGCCCCAUAGUCACUCCCUUCAUUCUCAUCUUCCUCCUGAGGAACAAGUCUUUGGAGAUCAUUGACUUCUUCAGGAACUUCACAGUGGAGGUGGUUGGAGUCGGGGACAUUUGUUCCUUUGCACAGAUGGACAUCAGGCGCCAUGGAAACCCGACGGUAUGAUUAAGUCCCUCUGUUACAUCAAAAUUUGCCAACUUUGAACAAACUGGACAGAGUGUUAGCAAAGGCCUGUGUGAAUAUCAAACAUUCAGAUGUGAUGCAUAAAUUGACAUAUAUCUUUGAAUGUUUUCACAGUGGAUGUCAGAAGGACAGACCGAGGCCUCUGUUUACCAGCAAGCUGAAAAUGGCAAGACAGAGUUGUCACUCAUGCAUUUCACCAUCAAGAACCCACGCUGGCAGCCGCCCCAGGAAAGCUCAGUGUUCAUCAGCCAUCUCAAAGAAAAGGUGCAUCAUGAUGCACAGGGAGGCCCCUCCACCCAGCUGCUGCUGUCUGAGGCUCCGCUCUGCACCUCACUGCAGUCCAACGAGUCCGCAACUGGGGUAAUUAAGACUCAAAAGCAUGUUGAUGACUCAUGUAUGAUAGUCUGAAUGGACUUCUCUAAUGUUGACCCAUUGAUAACAACUUCCUGCUCGUUACAGGAUCAUUAAGUGUAAUAUAUGUAUUCCCUUUCCUGACUUUAUUGACUGAGAGACUUUUUACUGAUCUGUGUUGUUAUCUGCAGCCUGAAAAUCUGCUGGUCAGUGUCCUCGCACACCCCAUCCUAACCGCAUCAGGACUUCAAGGACGAGACCAUCGCUUUAUCCCGCCAAGUACUGCUGCUUCUGCUGCUGCCAGCGUCUUGGCUUCACUGUCCACCUCCCAGCUUGCACAUACUAGCCGUGGCCGCUCGCAUGGCCUCAUGCCCACAUCCCUCAAUCCAGAGAGCACCAUGUACCGCAGCGAUCGCACCAUCAUUGACAGGUAUGAUCACACACAGUGAUCUUUCUCUGUAUUAAACAGUGUAACAAGUAGAACACAAAACAAGGAUAUCAAGGCUUGUUGUCUGCUUUGGUUGUUUCUUUUGCAGUAUGACUCAUAGUGACAGCCACGUGCGAAGCAAUGCACUGCACUCAGAGUUUGCUUCAGCAGAGAUGAGUCUCCAUGCCAUCUACAUGCAUGAGGUAAGUUUCAGACCUGACAUGAACACACCUGUCCUCUUUUCUAGUGAGUGACUUUUCAGAACAUAGAUGUUUGAUAUUUAAAAGAUGAUACCAGGAUAAAACUUAUCAGCGACUCUUGUCUGCUCUCUUUUUUGUGUGCUUUGAUCUGCUGUACAUCAACAUCUGCUGUUUUUUUUUCUUCAGCUCCACCAGCAGAGCUCCCACCCACAGAGAUCUUCAGGUCAGUGGCAGAACCCAGUGCCCAUGAGAGAUCUGCACUCUAAUACUGGUAAAUGCACCUCUGAAUAGUAAAAAAAAGAACAAGCUGCAGCUGUUUGUGAUGAUUGACAGCUUUGACUCGCUGUUUUAAACAUUUUGACAUUUAAAUUAAAUCAAAUGUUCCUGUAUAAUGUAAGACAUAUAUUUAAUGUCAAAGGUUGACACACUUAAAUUGUUAAUUGCACACUUCUGUCAGAUCACUUGCUCUACAUUGAGCAGGACUUGAGAUUAGAUUAAGAGUUUUUAAAGCAAUUAUGUCAGCAUUUAUAUUUCUCAAACGAACAUUCUUAUUGCGCAGCACAAAAACCAAAUGUUUUGGCAACUUGUCAAAGUAGCUGCUAGUGUAAUGCAACGAGUGAAUUAGAAAUUCCCCACCCAUAUUUGUCGAUUUUUAAACCAUAGACCGAUGUAUGCCUAUGAAAACACAUGGGGUGUGGGUAUUAAAUUGGUUGUACAGUAAUCCCUCGUUUAUCGCGGGGGUUACGUUCCGAAAAUGACCCGCGAUAAGUGAAAUCCGCGAAAUAGAAAACUUUAUUUUUUUUUUACAAUUAGCAACUAUUACAUGUAUACAAAUACAGUGACUCACGUGUAGGCCGUUUCACUGCUCUUCAGACUGGGCCGCUGCAUCCUGACUGCGCUCUGCAGUGUUCUCUUCUUCUGAAGCCCGCGGUGCAGGUGUGUUUGUUCGGGAGAAGAACAUAGUGAUAGGCAGCUGUUGUCGCUCUUUUUUCUUCUUUGCAAAAAGAUCCUUGUACACCGACAUGCCACCAUCGAUUACGUUGGAGAACUGUAAUGAACGGCUCAUCAAAGGGUCCCAUUCCUCAGCUACUCGCUUAAGUUCAGUGCAAGUUAAGUGCAAAAAAUGCAUUAUGAAAAUCCGCGAAAUAGCGAAUCCGCGAUAAGUGAACCGCGAAGUGGCGAGGGAUCACUGUAAAUCAAAAUUUAAAAAUGAUUAGAGGUUAAAGAGCACACAGGUAUGAAGUAGUACAUAAAUUUGCCAUCGUAUUAGGGUUAGCAUAUUUUAACCAUUAACAUAUUCACUAUUUAAAUCAUCGAUCUCUAGAACUGAAAAAGCCUAACAUAGCAGUAACAUCUUUCUCAGGCGGCCUUGGUUCCAGUAUAUCCAUGCCCACACCUGUCCAUCUUGGUGGCUGGAAAGAAGAGGAGGAAGAGAAUGAAGACGAUCAGGAGAUAAACAGUGGAUCUACUCCAAAGCAGGGCACUGGGAGUAAUUGUUGAAGUGCCUUAUGUCAUAAGGUACACACACAUCAAAACAGCACAUGUCUAUGAUCGGUCUGUGUGGUUCUCUGUCCUGGAAAAUCAUUUUAUAAAUGUAAAAAUGACCUUUAUCUCACUCCGGAAUACAUCAUGACAACUUUUCUCUCUGUUUUUUAGAGUGUUUACAUUUUACUUUCUUCAAUGAACAUUGUGGCCUUAGAUGAUCUCCAUGGAGAAUUGAGCAUGGACCUUUUAAAAACAACACUCGGCGUUUGUUUUGGGAGAGGCUCAUUGAAUAAACCACUGUCUCUGCACCUCCAUGCCUCCUCCUGUCACACCAGGCAGACUAUGGCAUCAGGGAAACCAUAAGUCUUCCGUCCGUUUCAUCCUGAUUUUCGAGCAGAGGUGUACAGAUGGUGCGUAAGGAAACAGAGCCACCAUCACAUGGGUGCGUACGAUCACCGUGUGAUGGUGGGUGUGGCCGUUUUUUGUUUUUUUUUUCAUUGUGGAAUGCAAAAGGCUCAUGUGCAUGUGUGCACAAUGCAAGUACUUGUGCACCACUGUGUGAGCUUUGUUGAAUAUCCAGCAGUGUGGUUUCUUUAUCUGUGCUUCAAGACUGCAAAACAUGUUGUAGCUGCCUGAACAAUUUGAUCACCUAAAACAACUCAAAACUUCAAAUUCGGCUCCUUCCCAUGGUGAUUUGUAAAUACACUUUUCUGGUCUUACUUAUAGAUUUAAAAGUCCACUUUUGUACUAACAGCUAUAAUCCUUGAGAAAGAUACCUAGUAUUAAAUUAAAAAGCGCUGACUCUAUAGUAGCUGUACUAAAACACCAUGUAUACCUGGUAAGAGCCCUAUUGGGUUUGACAAACAUGUUUUUGAAACCAGACAUACACAUGUUUGGAUGCUGCUGCUGUCUGUGUUUAGUGAUCCUAAAUACAGUUUUAACUCAGUAUUAGUAUUUAUGAAAACUGAUAUAUCAAGAUAUUACUUCUCUUCAAAAACAGGAGUUAAACUAUAGACCCCAAGUACACUUGACAUCAAAAUCCAAUGCAGAUAGAAGAUGUUUUUAUUUAAGCUGAGUACAGAGUCAGCUGUAUGCCUUAACAUCAAUAUAUUAACACAUAUUUAUUAUAUCCUUGUUUUCUGUAUUACCUCUGUGGUGGAGAAGGCAAACUAAUACUCCAAUCAAUACCUCUUUAAUGUAUUUACUUUUAUCCAAGUAAGUGUACAGUCCAUUAUGAUUUCUUUGUCGUAUACAGGCGCAUCUUUUGCUGCAUUUUGAUUUUAAUGGCAGGUGUAAAUGGAAUACUUUUAAUUUCAUUUCACUUCCCUCGCCCAGCAGAACUUUCAAAACAAACAUGUUGAUGUCCCAAAAAUGGUGUUGGGAGGAUUUUUUUGUUUUAUGAAAAAAAACAGGGUGUGUAAUUGCUUUUACAAAUCUAUGUUGUGCAUAUGCAAUUUGUUUGCAUAUGUCUGUUUUUAAUCCCAACUGCUAACAUAAAAUUUUAUUGCAAGGGCUGAUUCUAGAGUGGGGGAAAUCACUUUUGAAAAUCAAGAUUUGGAAGUUGUAAAAAAAAAAAAAAAAGUUACUAAGUUUUGGCUUUAAGCAAAAGAAGAAAAAAGCCCACCAUAGUACUCAUCAGCUUUAAGACUAUUACUACUAUUUCCCUGUUUAUUUUCCCGUUUCCCCCUCUCCUAAAAAUAUAAUCAAAAUAUGACUAUUAUUUAUUUGAGAAAAUAAAAGCUAUGUCAAAUUAUUUACCUUUAUAAAUCUUCUUUUAUGAAGGACACGGCAUGUGUGCCCCUACUAAGAAUGGUUAGAAAGUGUUGAUUUAGUGAAUCUUGAUUUAAAAAAAAAAGAUAUUUAUAAUGAAAAGAUAACAUGUCCAGCGGCAUGAUGUUGAAUGUUGAACACUCAGAAUAAACUAGGACUAAAUCUGCUUGUAGAUGCAAUGUGCAAAAUAUGUUCCAACCCAUUUUAUGGUAAUCUUCAGCAAUCACAGAAACGCACAUCUCAUCCUCCACUGCACCACUACAAGACUUCACAGUGUGCACGUGUCUUUGCCUUUUUGUAUGUCAAGACUUUUUUUGUGAGUGUGCCCAUGUAAGGAGUGCGUUUUGAGACCUGUGUUAACAUGAACUCAGACGUUUUUGCACUGACACCAAAAUAAACAUUUUUUAAAAUAUGUGCAUAUGUACAGUCCCUGUAAUAGUUUGAAGAGGACAAUGAGUCAGUUUCCGUCAGGGCUGAACUCUUGUCAUGUAUAUAGACUAAAAAUCAGCAUGUCUUGUAUCAUCAAGUGUACAGCAAACCACCUGGAAACACUGUGGCCAAUCACACAAGGUUGUCCUUACCUCUGGUUAGUAAAAAUUCCCCCUCUCACUCUGUAAAAACAUGCAAACACGGAUUCUGUAGUCUCUUAUCUGUGCAGUGGGUUUAAUGUUGUAGAGACACUGGGGCUCAGCUUUGUGCACAGAGUGGAUUUCUAGUACCUGUCUCCACCGUUUGUUAACAUCUCACUGUCCUGUUUGUCUUUUUAUUUGAAGCAGUGCCUUAGUAUUACAGGUCAAGAUUUGCCCUUUUUGAAGCCAUUUCAUGGUAAAUAUCUGAUUUUCUUUCACAUUACAGCACAUACAUGUACAGUGUUUUUUCUAGUUUUUUUGAGAGUCGUGUAUAGCAUGAGGUAUGUAGUGAAGUUGUGGAUGUGGUGUCUAUCUGUUGCAUCUGACAGCACACUUCUUAUGGUGUCUAAACUUGCACUGUCCUAAAUAUCCUAAACAAGCAGGAGUUUGCCUUGUUUUUUGGCAGUGUCAUCAUGGCCAACCUUAUCGUCAUGCUAUGGUUUCUUAAACCCACUAAACACCAGUCUAAGAAUCACAGUGACUGGAACAAGGUGCUAAUUUUUCAUCCUGAACUGUUUUCUUUUUUUAGGUUUCGUCUGUUUGUUUUUGUCGUGUAAAGUGAGGAACACUAGCUGAAAAAUGAAACAUGCCAAAAGAACUUGUUUUCGGCACAGCUUUACAAUACGUGUUGUUUUCUGUGAGUGAGUAGAGAGGCAAAUAAAUCUUAUUUUGAGUGUAUUUAAUCAUUUCAUGUGUGGUUGGUUAUGUGAUGUUUGUUUGAAAUAAAAAAAAGAUAUUUUAA